AACGGGAACCGAGGUAACUCGCUGUCGACUUCUAAGAUCCGAGAUCAGUUUUAUUUGCCGGUUUGUGGCUGUCUCAUUGCCGUUAAUGAAAUAAGACGGAGUAUACGAGCAGUCGUCCCGGCGUCGCAGAACUUGUGAGCGGACUUGUGACGUCAUUUUUUGAUCCUUGUGCUGUCACUGACUCGGUAAUGUGAUCGUUAUCAUACAGCGAGAAACGAACGACAAAUAAACGUGAAGUGUGUACAUUACUGGGUGUGGUAGGUUAGGAACGGCCAGAGUGUUUGGCUCGGCGGAGAUGGAGGGGCUGUGGCUCGGACGGCGGAGCACAGGCCGGGCGGCGCAUGCGCGCGCCGCGCCGGGCCGGGAGCCUCGCGAGUCCGCUCAGUGGUGCGUCGGGACGCUCGGUCGAUUCCAGGGGCGCGCGCAAACACUCCACUUUCCAAAAACCGAAUGAACCUUAAAAUUUGUGUAAGAAAAAUCUUUAAACCGCCGCUUUGCUAAAUGGAUUUUAAAACCAUUCCUUGCCCCCUUGCACGGGUACCCGUUACUGUUUAAAGUUUGACCAAUAUUGCGGUCAAAUUUGUGAUUUGUUCGCGAAAUCGGUAUUUGGGCAAAUAUUUACUAUUAAUUAAUUAGAAAACGAAGGUGCGUUAAUCUAAUCACACAUGGAUUGUUGCAACUUAUCAUGUCAUAUCGGAAGUAAAUUAAUAACAAGUUUGCGUGAGAAUACGUUAUUAAAAAAAUUGAAAUGUCGCAUUCUUGAUAAUAAAUAAAACGCAGUAGAAAGGUUAUGAAAAUUAACAAGUUUUAAUAGGCAGUUUACUUUUUUUACUCAUUGGUCUCUAAGUUUUAAUAUGUGCUAACCUGGAGCCGGUCCGCAGCAGAGCCGAAUGACAGAGAAACUUGUUGUACCCGAGAUGUGGCGGGGCUGGAGGUGAGCGAUGCGGGCGCGGUGGGCGGCGUGGGCGCUCGCUUGGUGCGCGUGCGCCGCGGCCGCGCCCGUCGAGUCGCCGCCGCCGGCGCCGCUCUGCGACCCGCUGAUGCUACGACACCCGCCGUCUAGGCCCUCGAACGUGCUGGAGGUAGAGUCAGCCGCUGCGCAUGCUGCGCGGUCGCUGUCUGAGCUGAUCGAGACGGGCGGCGCGAACGAGACGCGCGCGGCGGCGCUGGCGCGCUCUGUGCUGGCCGCACAGCUCGAUCCGCCGCCCGACGCCGUCGCCCUCGGCGCGCCGCAGCUCCGCCUUGGCGUGCUCUUCGUCGCCGACCCACCCAGACUGAUCAUCUUUCAACAAAACAACUCUGCAGCCCUCCAGCAAUUCUGGAAAACUUUAGCCUCUGCGUGGAACACGAGUAACGUCGUCUGGUCGAAUGCCUGGUACUCGUGCGAAAGGGAAGACAGAGGCUGGUGGAGCGGCGCGGCUGCGGCGCGGGGAUCGGGCGCUCUCCGCGCCGCGGCGGCGCUGUUCCGAAGAAUGCCUGUUAUGCCGUGCGAGGAAGCAAUGCACGAUCGCAUGGGUGGGCCGCCGGCCUGCGAUCCGGACACAACGGAUUGUGAAGCCUUUCCGGCCUCGGGAUCUGACUUUCAAAAUAUAGAGUACCGGUGCAAGUGCCGGCGGGGCUACUGGCACGAGAUUGGCAGCGGCUGGCUGAGCGGGUCCGCCAUCACGGAGCGGCUGCGCUGCGCGGCGUGCGGCAUGGGCAGCAGCGACGAGGCGCAGUGCGACGGGGAGAUCUUCCACGCCUCGCUGCUGGCCGUCAACCUGGCCGGCAUGCUCGUGUGCCUCGUCAUUGGCCUCAUUAUAUUCAGAAAGAGAAAGUGCAAAGCCGUGGCAAUGUGCAUGUGGACUGUGCUAGAGGUGGUGUUGCUUGGGGCUCUGUUGAUGUAUGGAUCCGCAGCGACGCAAUACAUGAAGGAGCCGCGGUGGCGCUGCGUGGCGGGCGCGUGGCUGCGAGAGCUGGGGUUCGUAGCGUGCUACGGCUCAGUGGUGCUGCGGCUGUGGGUGCUUCUGGCUGAGUUUCGGACUAGGAAGGCGCACCGGUGGACUCCAAGGGACUCUGAGGUGCUCCGAAUAGUAGGGGCAAUGCUCUGUGGCGCCACGUGUUAUUUAGCAGCCUUUACUGCGACAGCGGCGUGUGAGCGAGAAGGCUGCACCAAUGCGGCUUGGCAUCACGUCACCGCUGGUGCUGAACUAGUGCUUCUAGCCGCUGGAGCUAGGCUCGCUUAUGCGGCGAGGAACGCAAAUGUGCCCUUCCAGGAGCGCGGCUGGCUGGCGACUGCGCUGGCAUGCGAGUUUUUUAGCGGGCUAGCGUGGCGCGGCGCAGCGUUGGCAGGCGCGGCGCCCGAGCAGGAGCCGCUGGCCGCCACGGCGCGCGCGCAAGUCUCCUCCGGCGCCGCGCUGGCGUGCGUGCUGGCGCCGCGGCUCUGGCAUGGAUACCGCGCAAGAUCGCUUGCGCAGGAGGUGUCUCGCAGAGGCCCAGCAGAGGGCUUCGGUGUAGAAGGUGAAGAGGAGCCCACAUCUGAGGAAGUGAGAGCCGAGCUGAAGCGGCUCUACGUGCAGCUAGAGAUCCUAAGGAACAAAACGCUCCGGCGGGACAACCCUCAUAUCAGCAAACGCAGGGGGGGACGCAAGCCGCCGCACAGGCGGUUUUCCUUACAGAAAAAGGGCAGUCGUGAAAAGGCGUUGCAGGCGCGGCGAGGCGGCAAGGGCAAAGCCGGCGGCAGCGCCAGCGUCGUGGAGGCCAGCGAAGCCGGCGACGCCUCCCGCACACCCGAGGACUCCGUGUGCUCCAACGAGGGCCCCUCGCACUAUACCGACUGCGACCAGACGUGAUCCCACCGCCGCGACAGGAACUCGUCCAGUCGCUCCACGGCCAACGGCUACGGCGACCAGCUGGAGGUUUGAAGACUCGGGUUGCGCAUCACCGUGUGUUGGUUCAAAAAAUUCGAACAAUUGCAAAAAGUUGGUGCAUGGUUGUACCUAUUUCACUUAUUAAUCGUCUAAGUAAGUACCGCUCGACCUGCGUUUCGGCAACUUUAAUUAAUGAUUCUUCUCUCAAUGUUACUCGACUAAAAUGAAUGCGAUAAAUAUUGCUACGAGCAAUAAAAUCAUUUACCAAGUUACCAACGCAACAAUUUGGAUGCGUUUAUUGAAAUUGUAAUCAGAAUAUUGAGCUUAUGUCUAAAAACAUUUUAGAACAUAAAUGGGGCAUUUUCUAUGAAAA